GCACCAAUGUAAAAAAAAACAAACAAAAAAAGCAGGAAGCGAGUGACUGUGCAUCUGCAGGGCUUUUAGGUCUCAUAAACUGGCCGAUGAUUGCUCCCUUCCUGGUUACCAGGGCGGACAGCGAAAACAGAGUCGAUAAUUGAAUCAGAGAAAUUUCUCCUUGAGCAUCGAAGACGGUUGGUCUGAUAACAAGGUUCUUAACUGGCAGGACAGGAAGCAGCCUUUCCGCAUUCCAAGGUGGGAGAAACUUUUUUUGUCUUUGGUGCCUUACAGGGGAGCCUCUUACAGGCAGACAUACAUGAACUGAAUGAGGGCCAAUUUUUUUUGCUUUAUCCCACCGUUCAGUUGGAUUUAUCUCAGCAACCCUGGAGAGCAGUUAUGAAGAGAACAGUUCCUCUCAACUCCAGAUGGGCAGAGAGACGAUCUACUGUGGUUUAUGCGGUACGCGCUGCCACAUUGGGCUCCUGGAGGAUGCUUACAUUGGGGGCAGAGUACGAGGAUACCUGGGCUCCGUCACCUGACAGGAGUCGCCCUCCCGGUCAGCGGGUAGAGAAGGAGCCGGGGCCUGCGGAGGGGGCAGACGCCUGCGCUGGAGACCCGGAGGAGACGUCAUGGAGAGCCGUUGACACCGUGCAGAAGUAUGACACAGUUUUACACCUGGACGGGCUGAGCAGAGCCGGGAGGAGAGACGGUGUGCGUCAGAUCGUUCGAAAGCACGACACCCUGAACAGCACGCCGUGGCCCCGCGGAAUGGCUCGCUUCGCAGAAGAUCUACCCACCCGCUAUGGAGGAAGCGCAGGCGGCGGAGGGAGAGGUGGACCGGGCGCCGGGAGAGGGGGAGCCCGGGGUGGUGGCGCUCCGGGUGGCCAGAGGGUGUAUAAGCAGUCGAUGGCCCAGAGAGCCCGGACAAUGGCCAUUUACAACCCGAACCCUGUCAAACAAAACUGCUUCACUGUCAACCGCUCCCUCUUCAUCUUCCGCGAGGACAAUCUCAUCAGGAAGUAUGCAAAGCGAAUAACAGAGUGGCCUCCAUUUGAGUACAUGAUCCUGGCUACAAUUAUCGCCAACUGCAUCGUCUUGGCCCUGGAGCAGCAUCUACCUGCCAGCGACAAGACACCCAUGUCAGAACGCCUGGACGACACAGAGCCCUACUUUAUUGGAAUAUUCUGUUUCGAGGCUGCCAUUAAGAUCAUCGCCCUGGGCUUUGCAUUUCACAAAGGCUCCUACCUCCGCAACGGCUGGAAUGUAAUGGACUUCGUGGUCGUCCUCACGGGAAUCCUGGCCACGGUGGGUUCGGACUUUGACCUGCGAACACUGCGAGCGGUGAGAGUGCUGAGACCCCUGAAACUCGUGUCAGGAAUCCCCAGUCUCCAGGUGGUAUUGAAGUCCAUAAUGAAAGCCAUGGUUCCUCUGCUUCAGAUCGGCCUGCUGCUUUUCUUCGCCAUUGUAAUGUUUGCCAUCAUCGGGGUGGAGUUUUACAUGGGCAAAUUCCACACCACCUGCUUCAAGAUAGACACUGGUGAAAGAGCAGUAGACUGGCCCUGUGGUCUGGAACCCCCGGCCAGGACAUGUCCCAAUGGGACCCAGUGCAGGGAGUACUGGACUGGACCCAACUUUGGUAUCACCAACUUCGACAACAUCCUGUUUGCAGUGCUUACUGUGUUCCAGUGCAUCACUAUGGAGGGCUGGGUGGACAUCCUUUACAGCACCAAUGAUGUAGCAGGAAACACCUGGAACUGGCUCUACUUCAUCCCUCUCAUCAUCAUCGGCUCCUUCUUCAUGCUCAACCUAGUGCUUGGUGUCCUAUCAGGAGAAUUUGCCAAAGAGAGAGAGCGUGUGGAGAAGAGGCAGGAGUUCCUGAAGCUUAGGAGGCAGCAGCAAAUCGAGAGAGAGCUAACCGGAUAUUUGGAAUGGAUCUGCAAAGCAGAGGAGGUGUUGCUAGAGGAGGAGGAUGAGAUUGCAGAGGAGAAGUCCCCGCUGGAUGGUGCGUGGUACAAGAGGAAACAAAACCUUCCAGUCCUGAAACGAGGCAAAGUCAAGAAAGGUAAAAACGACCUUAUCGGUGCUGAGGAAGGGGAGGAUCAUUUCGCAGAUAUCUCCUCUGUUCCUCCUCCGGGCUCUCCGUUUGGUCGGGCCAGUGUGAAAAGCAGCAGUAAGAUGGACAGCUCCUCCUACUUCCGGCGUAAGGAGAAGAGGACCCGGUUCUUUAUCCGCCGCAUGGUGAAAGCUCAGAGCUUCUACUGGAUCGUUCUGUGUCUGGUGGGCCUCAAUACUCUGUGUGUGGCCAUAGUCCACUAUGACCAGCCUGAGUGGCUUACAAGGGCCCUCUACACAGCAGAGUUUGUGUUCCUGGGUUUGUUUCUGACUGAGAUGACCUUGAAGAUGUACGGCCUUGGAGCAAGGAAUUAUUUUCACUCCUCCUUUAACUGCUUUGAUUUUGGGGUGAUUGUGGGAAGUAUUUGUGAGGUCAUCUGGGACAUGAUUAAACCAGGAGCAUCGUUUGGUAUCAGUGUGCUGAGAGCCCUGCGACUUCUCAGGAUAUUCAAAGUCACCAAAUAUUGGAACUCGUUGAGGAACCUUGUGGUUUCCCUCCUCAAUUCCAUGAAGUCCAUCAUCAGCUUGCUCUUCCUCCUCUUCCUCUUCAUUGUGGUCUUCGCUCUGCUGGGCAUGCAGCUCUUCGGAGGACAUUUCAAGACCACGGAUACAGGUUUUGGCAGGUUUAACUUUGAAGAUGAGACGCCAACAACAAACUUUGAUACCUUUCCAGCAGCCAUCCUCACUGUGUUCCAGAUUCUGACUGGCGAGGACUGGAACGCCGUGAUGUACCACGGGAUCGAGUCUCAAGGAGGCGUUCGCCGCGGCAUGUUCUCCUCCGUCUACUUCAUCGUCCUCACGCUCUUUGGAAACUACACCCUACUGAAUGUCUUCUUGGCUAUCGCUGUCGAUAACCUCGCAAAUGCACAGGAGCUGACUAAGGAUGAAGAGGAGCAGGAGGAGGCAGCCAAUAAGAAGCUUGCCCUGCAGAAGGCUUUGGAGGUGAAGGAAGUCAGCCCGAUGUCAGCAGCCAACAUCUCAAUCGCUGCUUUUGUAAAGCAAAAUCGAGAUGCACUCUCUCGCAGGUCGUCCAUCAACAGCAUUCAGUCACUGAGUUAUACUGUCUACUCCUCCCCCGCCCGACGAAUCUUGAGUAAGGAGCAGCAGCGGUCAGCAAAGGCCAUGUCAGUUUGGGAGCAGAGGACCAAUCAGCUGAGGAGACACAACAUGAGGGCGAGCAGUGAGGCUUUGUUCAACGAGCUCGACCCCGAGGAGCGCCUCCGGAUCUCCUCCGCCCUCCACCUGCAUCCUGACAUGAAGACUCACCUGGACCGGCCGCUCGUGGUGGAGGCCAGGGACGGCGACAAACCCAGCAGGCCUCCUGAAGGAGGACGGGAGGAGGCGGGGGAUCCCCAGCAGGACGGGUUGGGAGACAACUUCCACACGCACUCCAGGAAGCAUCACCGGCACCGCGACAAGAACGGGGAGAGCAGGGAUGGAGGCACGGCCGGAGGAGGGAGGCACCACACCCACCACAGCCGGAACCGAGAUCACAACGGCGACGGUGCCCAGACAAAAGAGUGGAGAGGGGAGAGAAGCCACAGCCGCGAUGGAGGGCAGGGACACAGGCACCACCACCAGGCCGGCUCCCCCGAGGAGGAGGCCAAUGACGUACGAGGAGGAGGAGAAGAAAGGGGGCAUCGCCACCAUCACUCCCAUCGUCCACUGAAAGAGGGAAACGGGAUGAUAGCGAAUGGUGCACAGGGAGAACGCAGGGGGAAGGGGGGAGGAGGAGGGGACAGUAAUGGAGAGAGGAAGGGACGCUGCUCUCGAAUGGUCAGAGCUCAGUCUACACUGGAUGGAGAGGACUACAACAGGAACAAGAAUGGAACCAAAGGUUACAGGGAGAGGCAGCCAGAUGCCGAGGAGGACGGCCUCGCCUCCAGUCCUCUGCAGCCAAUGCGGAGUAGCCUGAGUCUUGGAGAAAAGCAAGAGGAUGCUGACAACCAGAAGAACUCCACCCGAGCCAGCCAGGCUGGCCUCAACAGCAACGCCAUCCACAUCCCUGUCACUAUCACUGCUCCGCCUGGAGAAACUACCAUCAUACCCAUGAACAACAUUGACUGCGACAACUUCCGACUCAGUGAUGAGAAGAAAGAUCUGGAGGAGGAGGAGGAGGCUAAUGGGCCUCGGCAGAUCCUUCCCUACAGCUCCAUGUUCGUCUUCGGGCAAACAAACCCGGUGCGGCGGCUGUGUCAUUACGUGGUCAACCUACGCUACUUUGAAAUGUGCAUCCUGAUGGUGAUUACCAUGAGCAGCAUCGCUCUGGCAGCCGAAGACCCAGUGCAAGCCAACGCACCGCACAACAACGUUCUCAAGUAUCUGGAUUAUGUCUUUACUGGGGUCUUCACUUUUGAGAUGGUGAUUAAGAUGAUUGACUUGGGACUGCUCCUCCACCCUGGCUCUUAUUUUCGUGACCUGUGGAACAUUCUGGACUUCAUUGUGGUCAGCGGAGCACUGGUGGCCUUUGCCUGCUCGAGCCUUAUGGGAUCGCAACAAAGUGUGGCCAGAGGGACGAAAGGCAAGGACAUCAACACCAUCAAGUCCCUGAGGGUCCUCCGAGUCCUGCGGCCGCUCAAGACCAUUAAACGGCUGCCCAAGCUGAAGGCGGUGUUCGACUGUGUUGUAAACUCUCUGAAGAACGUUCUUAACAUCCUCAUCGUCUAUAUGCUCUUCAUGUUCAUCUUCGCUGUUAUCGCUGUGCAGCUCUUUAAGGGCAAAUUCUUCUACUGCACAGACGAGUCCAAGGGUCUGGAGAAAGACUGCAGGGGUCAAUUUCUGGACUACGACAGGGACGACGUGGAAGCUCAGCCCAGAGAGUGGAAGAAGUACGAGUUCCACUACGAUAACGUUCUCUGGGCCUUCCUAACGCUCUUCACUGUCUCCACCGGAGAGGGCUGGCCAUUGGUACUGAAGCACUCCGUGGAUGCCACUUAUGAGGACCAGGGCCCCAGCCCAGGCUUCCGCAUGGAGACAUCCAUCUUUUAUGUGGUCUACUUUGUGGUGUUCCCCUUCUUCUUUGUCAACAUAUUUGUGGCUUUGAUCAUCAUCACCUUCCAGGAGCAGGGAGACAAGGCCAUGUCGGAGUGCAGCCUGGAGAAGAAUGAGAGGGCUUGUAUUGACUUUGCCAUCAACGCCAAGCCGCUGACGAGAUACAUGCCAGAGAACAAGCAGUCCUUCCAGUACAAGAUGUGGAAAUUUGUGGUGUCGCCUCCGUUCGAGUACGCCAUCAUGACUUUAAUCGCCCUCAACACAGUCGUGCUGAUGAUGAAGUUCUACGGCGCUCCAGACCUGUACGAGUCCAUGCUGAAAUACUUAAACAUCGUUUUCACAGCCCUCUUCACACUGGAGUGCUUCCUCAAGAUUAUUGCCUUCGGUCCACUGAACUACCUGAAAGCAGCCUGGAAUGUGUUUGACUUUGUGACUGUGCUUGGAAGCAUCACAGACAUCUUGGUCACAGAGGUUAAGACGGACAAGAUGAUCAACCUGAGUUUCCUGAGGCUGUUCAGAGCGGCUCGUCUCAUCAAGCUGCUGCGGCAGGGCUACACCAUCCGCAUCCUGCUGUGGACCUUCGUCCAGUCCUUCAAGGCUCUGCCGUAUGUGUGCCUGCUCAUUGCCAUGCUGUUCUUCAUCUAUGCCAUCAUUGGAAUGCAGGUGUUUGGAAACAUCGAGCUGAUUGAGGAGACUGCAAUAAAUCACCACAACAACUUCCAGACCUUUUUCCAGGCCUUGACCCUUCUCUUCAGGAGUGCGACAGGCGAGGCGUGGCAUGAGAUCAUGUUAGCAUGUCUCAGUAACCGGCCUUGUGAUAAGCUCUCAGGAACUGUGGGGAAGGAGUGUGGAAGUGACUUUGCCUACUUCUACUUUGUCUCCUUCAUCUUCCUCUGCUCCUUCCUGAUGUUGAACCUAUUUGUCGCUGUCAUCAUGGACAACUUUGAGUAUCUGACCAGGGACGCCUCCAUCCUGGGGCCUCAUCACCUUGAUGAAUUCAUCCGCGUGUGGGCAGAGUACGACCCUGCUGCCUGCGGGAGGAUAUGCUAUCAGGAUAUGUACAAAUUGUUGCGUUUUAUCUCGCCUCCCCUGGGCCUGGGGAAGAAGUGCCCUAACAGGGUGGCUUAUAAGCGAUUGGUGAAGAUGAACAUGCCCAUUGCAGAUGACAACACGGUGCAAUUCACCUCCACACUGAUGGCCCUGAUUCGCACAGCCCUGGAGAUCAAACUGGCAUCUGGGGUCCUGGCGCAGCGUUUGUGCGAUGCUGACCUGAAGAGGGAGUUAAACCGAGUCUGGCCCAACCUGUCGCAGAAGACUGUCGACCUGCUGGUGACGCCACAUAAAUACAAUGAGCUGAGUGGGAAAGUCUAUGCAGCUCUAAUGAUCUUUGACUACUAUAAGCAGAAUCGUGCCAAGAGACUCCAGCAGCAGCAUUCUUCAGGGGGGCCUCAGAGUAAGCUGGGGGCGUUGUUCCGUCCUGUGCUGCCCCUCACUCACAUACUGGAAGUAGAACCGCCGAUGUCCAGCCCCAAACAGCCCCUCCCACCCUACCCUGAGCCACAGGCAAAGCCAGAGGCACUGCCCACUACCACCACCACCGCCAUCACCACCUCAGUUAACAGGGACACAAUACUAAACCAGAGGAGUGCCAUAAAACAUUCCCAGUCCGGAGACGUUUCUCAGGCAGCACAGAGGCCCAAAGGCCGAAGGAAACUACAGAGAGGCCAGUCAGAGGAUGUGCCAUAUUCCACCAGACCUCAGGAAUUGAAGCAGGUGGAGAACAUUUCAGACACAGAGGGAUAUCCAAGCCUGGAAGGCCACUGCAGAGCGGCUUCGCUGCCCCGACUCAAUGCUGAGUACUACCGGAGCCACCCUCGCCACGCCCCUGGGACCCACCUGGCACCGAUCGUCGACCUGAGUCCUAUAAGACGCUCAGCGUCCUCGCUGACGCAGCAAGGCUACCGGGAGGUUGGGCUGAGGGAGUAUGACCUGGAACGACCCGGCUUGGUCCAGCCAUCAGCCAGGCCAGGGCAAGUCCAGGGCCAGGACAGAGUCCACCACCAUCACCACCACCACCGCUGCCAUCGACGCAGGGACAAGGACAAAGACAAGAAGCAGAAGUCCCUGGAUAGAUCUACAUCAGUGCAACCGUCCAGCACUGUUGGUUCGUUCACCGACCCUUCAGCUGAAGGUUUGUCCAGAGAGCGAGCGAGGGAGCGGGACCGCAGCCGGCCUCAUGAGAGGAGGCACCACUCCUCAGCAGGAGAGAAGCAGCGCUACUACUCCUGUGAGCGUUACGGCAGCAGGGAGCAGUGUCACACCAAGUCUGCCGGUCCCAGUCGAUCCACGUCUCCCGCAGAGGGACAGGACACUGGUUUGCUCAAACAGCAUGGUAGCAGUGUGGUUAGAGCCGGCCUUGUAACGCUCCCCUCUGGCUCGAGCACUCCGGGCCGUGGUCGCAGGCAGCUCCCACAGACGCCCCUCACCCCUCGUCCUGCCGUGGCCUACAAGACCACCAACUCCUCGCCUCUCCCACCCGGUGCCAGCACUGCUACGAUGGGGCACCAGACUCGCUUUAGCCGUGGCCUUUCAGAGCAUGAUCGCUUAUUCGGGGGCCACGACGAGUCCCUGAUACCGGUCACCCGCAUCGGUUCGGACCCUAAUUUAAACCGGCAGCCGCAGGUCACUUCUCAACAGGCCCUCCUUGAAGAGGCAGAGGACUUCCAGGACACUGUGAGCAGCCACGGAGGGGGACGCUCUGCCAGAAUCGCUGCCUCCACCACAGCCUCAGCUUCACACGGAACUGCUGCUGUGCCCGUCACAGCGCCCACCAUGCAGGGCCGGGCGGGGGUGGUGCCUAAUGGGUACCACUUCACCCUCGGGGUCAACUCUGCGUCUGGGCCUGGGAGCCGAGGAACAGGAAGUUUCAGGGAGAGGGAGGAAGAGGACUGGUGCUAACAUGGCAGAAAACUGUAUAGCUGAGGAUGGGGCAGUUUAUCAAUGUUGUACAGCAAGCACGUCAAGGCCAAUGAGCUGACAGGAAGCCGGCAGAUUUAUACAGAAGGAAAGAUAUUGAGGAAAAAGCCAGUGGGAAGUGCUGUAAAAGGGGAUCAGAAAUCAUUCCAGCUUUGUAGUGUUACUCUCCUUUUUUAUACAACAAACUCUUUAAGGAAAAAAGAUACUGGUGACUUUUACUACCCCCCUUUACUUGCACUGAAACUAUAGCACAUGUGAAGACCCUUAAGUAUUUUGCCUUGGCCUGUAAAAUCAGUGUUGGAGCAGAAGACAAAAGCCAAAAUCCCCUUAUUCUUUGAGUGAAACUAUGAACUGUGUUUCAGACUGAUCUGAAUGCCUCAUUCCUGGCAUUAAUAUGGCUGCUCACAACACUGUUUUUAUUUUUGUAUGUUUCAUUUCUUUAUGUUUGCCAUGUAGGUGAGAGAAGAGUUUCUACUUGAUCAUAGUGAUGCUACCACCAAAUUAUGUUCCUCUCUUUGGACUUUUUCUUCAUCAGCUAUUAUUUUGUGGUUAUCACCGAAUUCUGAACCAGAACAGAUCUUAAGAAAACAAAUUUAUUUAGGUCUUAAACUUCUGCCAUGACACCUAACGGACACAGUGAGUAAUGUAACAAAAAUGAAACAAAUGGAUGGGUUAGAAUACGUCACGAGCCAAGUUUUCAUGAUCACAUUUUUGUAAAUUGUACCAGAUGUACAUUGUACCAUGAGUGCACAUAGGGACUAGACAUCUCUUUUAUGACGUUAUGUGGCUGAAUACUAAGUGCCUCGUUUUCCAAAAUGUAUUAAGAUGCAGCCUGGUCAGAUGGACUUGAAUAUACAGUAGAGGAUGUAAGUAUGUACACAGCUGAGAAAAAGUGUAGAGAACAAAGUUUGAAUCUGGUAUAAUGGACAGAAUGCAAAAAAAAACAACACAUUUUUUUGUACUGAAUCUUGUGGUAGGUAAGUUGGAAUUACAGAUCCAAAGUAAGCAAUGUAGUGCAUGCCAGGGUCUUGAACUUGUCAAAAAAUAGUGUCUGUACUUUUGCUUAAGGGUGUGUGGUACGCAUUUGCCUUUCUCUUUCAAAUAUACUGCCAGUCAGUUGGUAGAAAUGGUCUCUGAAUGGAGAAAAGUGCCAUUUUUUUUUCUAAUCAACAAAAAAAUCUCAUUCAGAAACACUUGCCUCCUCCAUACAGUAUAUAUCUCAUCUCUGCCAUAUUUACCCAUAUUUCAUGGGUUUCCUUUCUUCUUAUAUCUUUCGUCUGAGAGCAGCACUGUGUGAGGGUUUGUAGGUGAGGUUACCUGUGUGUGUAUUCACAAGUACAAUAAAGAACUGUGUUGUUUGCUGCUGACUGUUGACUUAAAGUAGGGCUAUGCAACAAGACGACACUUCAUCUGCCCUGUAGCUUUACCCUCCGGAAUCUCCAGGUUCAGGCUUUAGUGUGACUGCGACCAAAUUUUACAUUUAUGUAUGAAGAGUUGUAAAUUGUAAAUGUAUUAUAUGAUGUACAGUUAACUGACAACACACACAGAGGCACAAAUGGUAUCAAAGCUGAUGUGAAUCACGGGGCAUUUUUGAGGUUGGCAAGUUGACUGCAUGACGCCUACCCAGAUAGAACCGCCCAAAAUAUAAAACUGUGUUCUUUCCAGACUUGGGUCAAGUAUUUUUAAAUAUUUUUUUGUGGUUUUUAAACUUGCUUAGAAAACCAGAUAAAUAUAAUUAAUAGAGUGGUUUCAGUGUGAGGUAUUCUGUCUAUAACAGAAGGCUGAACUAACAUUUUUGUGUCAUUAAUAUAGUUCCACAGGAGCCUAAAAGACCAGUACCAAGCCUGUACCCAUGUCCUUAAGAGCUGACCUGGUUGAGCUGCCAGAUUUGAGACCCCAGAUCUGAGGCUAUGUUUUGCUUAGUUUCAUCCAUUUCUGAUCCAUAUUCUAUAGUUUUGUUAUUGUCAACAAAUCCCAUGUGAUAGUCUGUCUUUCAUUAUUUUCUGAUUUCCCUACCCUGUCUGUGGCACUCAGCCCCAAGCCCAUUGGUGCCUACUGAAACCGUAAAUCUUUUAAAAAUGAGUCACAAAUAUGUAGUUUUAUGUCUAAAAAAGACUCAGUAAUUUCUGUAAAACAGCUGGACACAUAGUUUUUAGCAAAUGUUACUUAAAGAGGAGUAAAUAGUGCAUUUGUUGGGGACUAUUUUCAGCUGUGGAUUAAUACUCAUGUGGUGCUAUAGUGAGUUUUUAUGACAACCAGAAGGUGUAUGUGGGAUUGACUCAAAAUAAACUACAGUGGACACAUUCAUGGUAAUAAACUCUGUCUGUGGCACUCAGCCCCAAGCACAUUGGUCCCUACUGAAGAUGUAAUAUCUUUGAAAACUUAUCACAAAUAUAUAGUUUCAUUUUUAAAACAUGUUCAGUAAUAAACAGCUGGGCACUGUAGUUUUUAGCAAACGUUACUCAAACAGAAGGAAAUAGUGCAUUAGUUGGGGACUAUUUUCUCUGGGAAUUGGAUGCUCCAGUGAUUAAUUAUGGGAAGCAGGACGGUGUGUGUGGGAUUGACUCAAAAUGUGUGUUCAUGGUAAAGAAAGCACAUGUCACCCAGUGCAACAGUGUGGCUCAAUGAUGUGUUUUUAACUGUUUCUUAGGAACAAUAGAGCUCUAUGGCACAGAGGAAUAAGCUACUUUAUGUAAGGCUUUGUAUACACAGACAAUACUUGUUAAUAGGAUCAAUUCAUUAUUGGUUUUGUUUUUUUUCACGGGAUUUGUUGAAAAUAAGAAAAAUGUAGAAUCUCACUAAGCUUAACCUUUAACACAUGAUACAGUUGAUUGACAGACAACAUUUAGAUUUCAAUGAAAGGUAGGUAAAGGUAGGUGAUUGGCCAAAGAACAAGGUAAUCUAUUUUAGUGCGGCUCCAGGAUUCUAUUAAAGGAUUUGUCAAAUUGUGUGUUAGGGAUUUUUUUUUUAACACUGAGCUUAUGGACCUAUCUGAAUAAAACAAAUGUAUAGAAGGAUUAUCCAUCACUAUGUGUAUUUUGAAUAAAAAUACAGAUUCGAACAAAAUAACAGACUUCUAGAUGUCUACAUCUCUUGGUGCUCUUUGUAUUGCCCUGGCUUGACUCUAAGCAAGUUCAUGAACAUGUACAUUAUUUGCAAAUAUUAUUUGAUCCAAGUCUGAUAAUUUCCCUGUGUUUUAAUUUUACUUCCUAGUGUCUCAUAUUUUGCAGUCUAUUUGAUGGAUCAUCUAAAAGGAGACAUUUUAGACUUUAAAGCAAUAGGGUCUAACUGUAGGCAUGGCGCUGUUCUUUGUAAAGGUAACACAAUAGAUUGCUUGUCUUCUGUAUGUUUCUGUAAGUUGCCAUAUUGGAGCAGAGGUUUGUGUUCAACUCUACGGUACCUUUCUAAAAAGAUCUUUCAUUUUCAAACUUCCAACGAGCCCAACAUGAACAGGGUGCCAAGUUUUCCUCUUACAGUUUUACUAUGGCUGCCCCCUCUGGACAUGUCCUGUUUGCAUGUUCUGAAAUGAAAAUGUGCAUGUGCAAAAAAAAAGAGGCAUUGUUUGACUUCAUUCAGUCCAUGAUUUGUACAAUUUGUUUCCUGGUUGUAUUUUCUGAUUAUCUAAACACACAAUGUAUCUGUUUCAGGUAAAGAAAAAAGAAAAUAAACGAGCUGAUUAACAUUUUAUCAUAGAACCACCAAAGUGGAAACAAGACUCUUUCUCAGAAAAGAUGUUCCGGAGUGGCUGAAUCCUUCGCUGCCUGAUCUGUUACUUGACUGUCUCUCCCAGUCAUUUCGACUGUACCUAUAGAUUUUGUAUGAAUAUAAGUCAUUGAAUAAAGAGGUAUGAUUAUGAAAUUGCAA